AUGCCAUCCAACGAAAUCCUUCAAAGUGACACAAUACGGGUAGACCCCAACCAGUAUGCCUUUAAAACCCGCAGGCUCCGGGUGGUCUGCAUCGGCGCGGGUUUCUCUGGCAUCCUCAUGGCCCAUAAGCUCAAAUACGAGCAACCACUUGAUUUCGUGGACCUUGCGAUCUACGAAAAGAAUAGCGAAGUUGGCGGCACAUGGCUCGAAAAUGUGUAUCCUGGAGUCGGAUGCGAUGUGCCUGCGCACAGCUACAUCUUCCCAUUCGAGCCUAAUCCAUCCUGGUCUAAAUGCUAUGUGGGCGGUGAAGAAAUUGAGAAAUAUAUCAUCGAUACGGUGGAAAAGUAUGGACUGAAAGACCAGAUCGUGUUCAAUACCAGAGUCUUGAAGUCCAUCUGGAAUGAAGAUCGGGGGAAGUGGGCUCUCGAGCUCAAGCAAAACGACAAGACGAUUAUACAAGAUGAAGCAGAUAUUUUGAUUAAUGCUGCUGGUAUUCUCAACAGGCGGAAAAUGCCAAAUAUCAGUGGUCUAGAUCAGUUCUCUGGCAAGCUCGUGCACACGGCGGCAUGGGACAAGUCCUACGACUGGUCUGGAAAGCGCGUUGCUGUUAUUGGCAACGGUUCAUCUGGACUCCAAGCUUUGCCUGCGCUUCAACCAAAGGCCUCAAAGAUCGUCAACUAUAUUCGCCAUCCGACUUGGGUGUCUGUCAACCUAUGUCCCGACAUAACCAAGGACGGAAUGGGAACCAACUUUGAGUACAGUGAGGAGGAAAAAGUGAAGUUUCGGGACGAUCCUAACGGCUUCUUGGAGUACAGGAAGAAGAUUGAGAACUCUUUGAACACCGUCUACCGGCUGAUGCUCUCCGGCUCGGACCUCAACCGUACGUUAUCCACUGGGGUCGAAGGACUCAUGCGGCAGCGCCUAAGUGAGAGCCCACAUCUUAUUGAGAAGCUGGUUCCGAAAUACGAGAUUGGAUGCCGUCGACUUAGCCCUGGCGAUGGAUAUCUCGAGGCAAUGCAGCAGCCUAAUGCAGAGUGGUGCUUUGAAGACAUCCAGGAGAUCACUAAAAGCGGGAUUCGGACCGCGAAUGACGAGCAGGAGUUUGAUCUCAUCGUCUGUGCGACCGGGUUUGACACUACCUUCAUACCUGGAUGGGAGUUAGUCGGCCGGGAUGGUCGACGGCUCGACUGGGAAUGGAAAAAAACACCUGAGGCGUAUUUCUCUAUUUGUGCAGGUGGAACUCCAAACUACUUCAUGUUUGCAGGCCCAAACUGCCCCAUUGGUCAUGGGAGUGUGCCCCAAAUGCUUGCAUGGAGUGCUGAUUACAUGCUGAAAUGGAUCAAGAAGAUUGCUCGUGAAGAUAUCAAAUCAGUUGCAGUGAAUGACUCCGCCGUUCGUGCCUAUAACCGCCGUGCACAGGCCAACCUGAAAAACACCGUUUGGAGCUAG